CUCACUUUAGUGGAACCUCUCGCAAACGUGGCCCCAAACGGACAAGCAACGCAGUCAUCCCUUUACGCUAACAAUGUACAUGCAGUCAAUGUUAUAAAUGGGGAUAUGGCUGGAUUAUGUUCCCAUACUGCAAACCAGUCCUCUCCUUGGUGGAAAUUGGACUUGUUAGCUGUGCACAGGGUUCGUGCUGUUACUAUCUUCAACAGGCCAGACUGUUGUCCUGAAAGGCUCAUUGGGGCAGAGAUCCUGAUUGGGAACUCUCCGUCAACCGAGGUUGCCCAAAACCCCAGAUGUGGUACUAUCUCAUCGGUUGAAGGUACAUUAACACACACUUUCCAUUGUGGAGACAUGGAAGGUCGCUACGUGGUUGUGAUCUUACCGGGACAGACAAGGAUUUUGUCACUCUGUGAAGUGGAAGUGUAUGCUUCUUUGGCAGACACCGCUCCUCCUCCUCCUGCGACUGAGAGCAUGCUGUUGAACGGCAGGAAUGUGACGGUGGUGGGUGAGCGGCUUUGCUGGUCCGAUGCUCUCCUCUACUGCAGACGUCAUCACUGGGACCUGCUGAGCAUUCUGAGCCGAGAGGAGCAGAGCGAGGUGGAGCAGCUGCUGAGCCGAGGUUCUUUCCUGCUCACAGAUCAUGUCUGGCUGGGGUUGCGCAGACAGAUAAUGGGGGACAGCUGGUUCUGGAUGUCCGGAGAAGCCAUGGAUUUUACCAAAUGGCAGGACGAUUCUGCCCCCCAACGUGUGAGUCAUGCCUGCGGAGCUGUAGCCAGAGGAGAGAGCUUCCUGUGGAAAGACAGGCCGUGUGAGGAGCAUCUCAACUUUAUCUGCCAUUCAGGUGGCGAGGAUGGAGCACAUAGAGUGUAUUUCUACAGCAGCCGCCAAAACCCACAUACCUAG